UUCAUCGGCAGAGUAUGACUGCAGUGUAAUUUUAAGAUUAAAUAAUGAAAUUCAUAUUCAGUAAUUCCAUAUAUAAUUCUAAAGUUACACAAUUAUGAUUAUUGCUUUGUCUUUCUCGGAAUUUACAUUCAUAUUUCGUAUGAAACGGUGGUACAGUAGUUCUCAAAUCUUCAGUAGUAGUGCCUAAAAAAUUCCUAACGGAUUUCAAGCGGUAACUUAAAUUUAUAUAAUCUAUUUCAAAAAGACCCAAUUGUUUUCAUAUAUGGAAUUCGAUUUUACAAUUUAUUUAGAAAAUUAAUCAGUGCCAGUAUUUUCCACGAGGAUCAUGGCGAUAAUCAUGGCGAGGAUUUCAAAACGUGGGUGAAAACGACUGGCUUCCGCCUCGGAAAUGGUUUCAAGUUAUCCAUUGGGCUUGGAGUCCUUGGCGUCCUUGGCAACUUCAUAUGAAUAUUCUCAGGGCAAUCAACGCAGUGGGUUAAUAUGGACAUAGAGGAAGGAGAGUCUUCUAGCAGUGGUCCAUUAUCAACCCUAAACAGCCUGUUUUCAUUCACAAGUCCUGCAGUCAAGAAACUCCUUGGCUGGAAACAGGGAGAUGAAGAGGAAAAAUGGGCUGAAAAGGCAGUUGAUAGUUUAGUGAAAAAACUAAAAAAAAAAAAAGGUGCAAUUGAGGAAUUAGAACGUGCCUUAUCAUGUCCUGGAACACCAAGUAAAUGUGUCACAAUUCCCAGAAGUUUGGAUGGAAGACUCCAAGUUUCCCAUCGUAAAGGAUUACCCCACGUUAUUUAUUGUAAAGUGUGGAGAUGGCCCGAUCUGCAAAGUCACCAUGAGUUAAAGCCAUUGGAACAUUGUCAAUAUCCAUUCUCUGCCAAACACAAGGAAGUCUGCAUCAAUCCUUAUCAUUAUAAGAGAGUGGAAAGCCCAGUUUUACCGCCUGUUUUGGUUCCAAGACACAAUGACUUUGUACCCGGUCAUUCAUUACUUCCAUUCCAACAACUUGUUGAGCCGAAUAUGCCCCAAAACGUGAGCUAUUCUCAAAAUGGUUUCAAUUCCAAUCAAAUGAGCCCUAGUUCGCCGUUGUCUAAUGUGUCAUCACCCGGAAGUGUUUCAUCUAAUCCCCAAUCACCAUAUGCCAAUCUUGCAGAAACCCCUCCUCCUGCUUAUAGUCCUACAGAUGAAAAUAAUGUAAAUCCAAACAACAAUCAGAAUCCUGAACAAAGUUUAGCCAAUGAUGUCCAACCAGUGGCUUAUCAAGAAAAACCAUUCUGGGCCUCCAUAGCUUACUACGAGUUGAAUAGUCGGGUAGGUGAGGUAUUCCAUUGUCAUUCCACCUCAGUUAUAGUGGAUGGAUUCACAAACCCUAGCAACAAUUCCGACAGAUUCUGUCUUGGCCAGUUGAGCAACGUUAAUCGUAACUCUACUAUUGAGAACACUAGGCGACAUAUAGGCAAAGGGGUGCAUCUGUACUAUGUGAAUGGUGAAGUUUAUGCGGAGUGUCUUUCUGAUUCUCCGAUAUUUGUGCAAUCAAGAAAUUGCAACCAUCACCACAAUUUCCAUCCAUCUACUGUCUGCAAAAUACCGGCUUGGUCGUAACGUAACAUCGGUUGAUGAACUCAAUCUAUCCCGCUUCGUUAUGCAAUGCUCUACUGCCAGAGAAAUUUUGCGCGAUGGCGGAAACUUCAUGAUGAUCGAUUUAUUGUCACCUAUACAAGAGUUGAAGGAGUACUUCGAUGUAUAUUUAUACAUGACAACUAGCAGUGUUCAACACCACAAUCAACUUCUCAAGGCAAAAGACGCCUUAGUAUCAACCUUCGAUCUAAGGGAUAUCUGGUUCACACGAACAAUAAACUUCUGUACCUUGGUUUUCCAGAGAAUUCUUGGAUUGAAAAUAGAGUCGGAAGGACAUUUCAGAAAUAAUCACUCCUACACAGUUUCUUCGAAGCGUCAACCAUGGCGGAGUGAAGAUGUUGAUAUGGAGAUAAUCGAAGAGAAAUUGAAAGUGUGCACAAUUGAUUCGGAAGAAGAUCUAUGGAACAAUUCAUGCGGUGAGUCUUGCAGUUCUUGUUCUGAUGAACCUGAGUUUAGAUGUUCUGUUAUGAUCACUUCCAAUACAACACUGUCUUGUGUAGAAGUGGAGUUCUUUCGGAAUGGCUGUGAUAAAGAUAUGUUUUCUACUUUGGCAAGUUACACGUGUAGAAAUUUGUUGAAAUGGUUUUAUAAGUAUGAGAAUUUGCGUUCAAGAUCCACUAGAACUUGGUCGUAACGUAACAUCGGUUGAUGAACUCAAUCUAUCCCGCUUCGUUAUUCAAUGCUCUACUUCCAGAGAAAUUUCGCGCGAUGGCGGAAACUUCAUGAUGAUCGAUUUAUUGUCACCUAUACAAGAGUUGAAGGAGUACUUCGAUGUAUAUUUAUACAUGACAACUAGCAGUGUUCAACACCACAAUCAACUUCUCAAGGCAAAAGACGCCUUAGUAUCAACCUUCGAUCUAAGGGAUAUCUGGUUCACACGAACAAUAAACUUCUGUACCUUGGUUUUCCAGAGAAUUCUUGGAUUGAAAAUAGAGUCGGAAGGACAUUUCAGAAAUAAUCACUCCUACACAGUUUCUUCGAAGCGUCAACCAUGGCGGAGUGAAGAUGUUGAUAUGGAGAUAAUCGAAGAGAAAUUGAAAGUGUGCACAAUUGAUUCGGAAGAAGAUCUAUGGAACAAUUCAUGCGUUGAGUCUUGCAGUUCUUGUUCUGAUGAACCUGAGUUUAGAUGUUCUGUUAUGAUCACUUCCAAUACAACACUGUCUUGUGUAGAAGUGGAGUUCUUUCGGAAUGGCUGUGAUAAAGAUAUGUUUUCUACUUUGGCAAGUUACACGUGUAGAAAUUUGUUGAAAUGGUUUUAUAAGUAUGAGAAUUUGCGUUCAAGAUCCACUAGAACUUGGUCGUAACGUAACAUCGGUUGAUGAACUCAAUCUAUCCCGCUUCGUUAUGCAAUGCUCUACUGCCAGAGAAAUUUUGCGCGAUGGCGGAAACUUCAUGAUGAUCGAUUUAUUGUCACCUAUAGAGAGAGUGAGGUCAGAUACACAGGAUGUCGAGAAAGGGGAAAGGAAGAAAGACAGAGCAAAUUUCAACGUGAACUUCAUGAAGGUCGCACUGAAGUUUCUUUCAUCACCAACGGAAUGUCUAUCCAAUUAGCUUUCACACCACCAACUCAAGAAUAUAACAAGAAAGAUAAACAAUGUGAUCUCGAUAGAGAACCUGGAAAAGUUCACAUCAAAUCCUCCUUAAUAAUGAACGGCGUCUGCGUCAGAUGGAGGGGUUGGAUCGAUCUGGAGCGUCUCGACGGCAUCGGCUGCCUCGAAUAUGACGAAGAAUUGGGCGCUAAAGAAGAGGCCAGAAGAGAUAGCUACAUGAAGAUGAGAUGAAAAUUUCCGACUUGCCCUCAGUUUAUUUCGAUUUGAAAUAACUGCAUAUCUUCGCGU